AACGCACUAAUUCCAGUGCACAAACUAUAAUCAAGUGGAAAACUAGGCGGAGUAAGGUGAACCCCGAUUCGACUCAACUUCUCAACAGAAAAUGUUUACCAAAGGAGGCCAUUUGCCCGUAGUGGUGGUGGCCACGACGACGUAUGCCCUGCUGGUGGCGCUGGCCCUGGCCACCGACUACUGCGAUCCGCUGCUGUGCCACGACGGGCGGGCCCACAUCGGGUGUAACGCCACCGAGGAGUACGGCGAGGCCUGUCCGGAGAACGCCGAGGUCGUGCCGGUGGACGAGAAGCUGCGCGAGAUGAUACUGGAUCUGCACAACAGUUUGCGCAGCGAGCUGGCCUCGGGAAAGAUGGAGGGAUUCGACGCGGCGGAGCGGAUGCCAGUUAUGGAAUGGGACGAGGAACUCGCCAAGCUGGCCGACUACAACGUGCGCACGUGUCUGUACUCGCACGACGACUGCCGCGGCACGGACCGGUACCGGUUCGCCGGCCAGAACAUCGCCCGCAAGUCCAAGCCGAACAACGGCACGGUGGAGGUGGUGCGGGCCAUCUCGGACCUCACGAACAAGUGGUGGCAGGAGUACGUCGACACGAACCAAACCGUGAUGGACGCGUACCGGAAGGUCGGCGAGGGCGUCCACAUCGGGCACUUUACGCUGAUGGCCAGCGAUCGGAUCACGAGGCUGGGCUGUGCCGUGAGCCGGUACUACACGCCGGACAACAAGCGGAACUACGUGUACUAUGUGUGCAACUACUCGUUCACCAAUGUGCUCGGGAAACCGGUCUACCGGAAGGGGAAACCAUGCGCCAAGUGUGACAAGUGCAGCGAAAAGUAUCCGGGGUUGUGCGAGGGGAUUGGGAAGGAAAUUGAUGAUUCUUUGUGAAAAGUGGAUUUUUUUUUUCAAUAUAUAUGAACUAUUGUGAUAUUUUGUUUA